AUGUCAUGGGAAACCGGUUCUAGAAGAGACCCCGGGAAACAUCGAGAUUCGGGUGAGGUGCGACGAGAGUUCAAGCGUGAGGGACUGAGGCGUAUUGACAGGUCCGAGGACUUAACCUUCACAGAGUGCUAUGAUUCGCUAUUAGAAACUGCUUUUGAGCGCGGUGAGAAGAUGAAGUUAGAAAAUGUCGUAGUGGGGAAGGAAGAACUCCAGUUGGCAUUGAGGUGGUUUGCGAGCACAUAUUCCCCUGAGCGGUGGGCUAAGGGCAUUCUCGUUGUUGCACUGAUGAUAUCGGAGUCGGUACGGUUUGAAACUGUUUUGAACAACGUUGUUGAAUAUUUUCUGGAAUCAAGACAGUUUGGAAGUGACAACACCGCCUUAGUCAAAAAUUGGGGAAAGAUGAGUGCAUACCUCAUUAUAAAAGAAAAGUACCCAAACCUCGAGUUUCCAAUGCAUCGAAGAAUCAGAGGUUAUUUUAAGGACAACGAUGUGCAAAAAGUUGUUGAAGCUAUGGGAAUGCUUAAGAAUAUGAAGAUUCGGGUUACAUGUGACUGGAGACUAGGGGAACCGGUACUUACUGGAGCUGUUAGUGUUUCAAUUCGAUGA